AUCGUAGUUGCAGACGUCACACCCUGGGAUCAUUCGAUUCACAGUUUCUUCUUUCCGAUAUUCGAUACUUUUCUGAUAACUUUUAUAAUUAAAAUUUGUUUUCAAUCGAAGAAACUAUGGGAGCGUUGAGUUUAGAACCAGGACUAGAACAAUUUGAUGGUCACCAAGCAUGGAAUCUAGAUGAUUCAGUACACAGUGCGUCUGCAUUUAAGCGUCUACAAAAACAAACGCAAUAUGCAGAAGACGUAGAACUACCAACUCUGAAAUUUGAAGGCCUUCUAUUCAAAAGCUACUUAUUUAUAAGCAAAUUCAACGAUAAAAAGGACAGAAAGUCAGCAGAGUUGCACAUUAAGAGAGCGAUUGAUAUCGUAAAAGAAUGGGGUGAUUCGCCAGAAAAGGAUGGUUGCCUUUUUAUUGCAUAUCUACUGCAGGGCUGGGUUGAUAAGAAUUGUGCGGAAGAUAAAGUUAAAGAUGUGCAAAUUCUUCGGUCCAAAAAUGAAGAGGAUAGUAGGUUAAAGCGAUUCGAAGCCAUAAUUCAUUACAUCAAAGGGCAUACUCUUUCACGAUUAGGUUUUAAUCAGUAUCGCGAAUGCAUUGAGGAAUUCCGACAAUCAAAAGAGAAGUACCAAGAUAAUCCAGAAUACUCAUUUUCAUUUGUUCAAAUGAUGAUUCGGUUUCAUAUGCCCGAAGAACAUGAUGAAUUGAAGGAGCUUAUUUGUAUAUUGGACAAUGUUUUAGUGAAAAACAAACGGCAUUUACACGCGAUAGUGCUAUUGGCUAGCUUUCGACUAAUAGAGGGAGAUGAAGAAGAAGCAACAAAUCAGUUAACACGGUUUACCACAUUUCUUAAAGAGGAUCAUCCUGAUAGGUAUACCCCUGGUAUUAUGAUGACUAUGGGAGAGGUAAUGAAGUUGUAUAUCCAGAUGGAAGAUUAUAAAAAAGCAGACGAAAUAUUUGUAAUGGCAGAAGAAAGUCUAAGCAUUACUGGUUCUAGUAACAGAGGUGAGACGAAUUCAAGUACCGAUAUAAGGGAAACAAAUGAAAGGGAAGCACGCAAUGUCACCAUCCCGGAUCCCAAUGGCACACAUCCUAGAGUCGAUACUACCGCUGCCAUGAAUCCUGGUGCCACAAUUUCCAGUGCCACAAAUGCCGAUCCCAUGAUCACAGAUGUCAUAAAUGAUGGUGCCAUAAAUACUGGUUUCACAGAUACAGGUACCAAAAAUUCAAGUGACACGAAUCCCAGGACUAAGACUACUAACAACAAUGGUACUCGCAACAAAUCACCAUGCGACACGACUGGACCUAUUAACACGAAUAUUAGGCCUACAGAUACAGAGUUCGAAGCAACUCCCAUAAACAAUAACCCCAGAAAGAAAGUAAUCAGUAAUACAAAUCCAGGCAACAUGGACCUCAAAGGCAAGAACACCAAUAUGGAAGACACACUGGGAAUUGAAAACAACACUAGAAACAUAAAAGCUACCAAACCAGAUACUAGCGGCAGGAACGCUGGCAACACGGACACAGGAAACACAAAUUCUGGUAACCUGAAUACUAACAACACGCAUCCUCGAGAAAUGGAUACUAAUAAUACCAAUGAUGGAAACAUCAACGCAGAUACUAACAAUACAGAUUCUGACAACGCGGAGACUAGCAAUGCAAGUACUGAUAACAUGGAUACAGGCAAUAUACGUUCUGACAACACAAACACUAUUAAUACGGACUCUAACACGGAUACUAACAAUACGAAUCCUGAUAACACGGAUACUAAAACUAGAAAUUCUGACAAUACGGACACUAGAAACGCAAAUUCCGUUAACGCAGAUACUAGUAGUACAAAUCCUAACAACACCGCUACUAACACUACAAAUUCUGACAAUACAGCCACUGGCAACGCAAAUUCUACUAAGGCAGAUACUAGCAAUGCAAAAACUGAUAGCAUUGGUAGCAGCAACCAUUUCGAUAACAUGGGUACUAUUGAUACGACCCCUGGCAUCACGAAUAGUAGCAACACAGAUCCUGCCAACGCUGAACCUGGCAACGCAGAUAAUAGCAGCACAAAUCCCGACAACACGAAUACUGAUAUAUUGAGUGUUGAAAACUCGAAUCAUGACGACACAGAUACUAAUCAAAGCACUACUGAUCUCAGCGCCGGAAGUAAAAGUCACAGUAGGUGUUAUUCCUAUUUGCUAUACCAGAAAGCAAUAGUAGAAUACAAUAAAGGAAAUCUUGAAGAAUGUAAGAAAUACACAAAAUGUGCAAUUAAAGAAGACUCUUCUAAUUUACAAGCAAAACUUUUAUUAGCUAGACAAGUGGCAGGUAAUGAAUCAAGUGAUAUUGAACAAAAUUACCAGAGCAUUAUAGAUGAACAUGAAAACGACAAUGUAUCAUUGGUUAAAAUUUACUCGGAGUGUGGUGAUGCUUUAUUGAGAAACGAUAAAGAUAAAGCGUCCAAGAAUUAUCGCACGGCUUUGGAGACAGCAAUUGGUUCUUGCCAAAUUAUUUCUAUAACGAGUUCUCAAAGAAAAACCUUCUACAGCAAUGUUGGAUGUCAAGUCAAUAAUUGCGUGGUACAACUCAGAAAGCAUUUGAAAACCAAUCCGAAGGACAUUAUUUCGGUCCGUGGUAUUGUAAAAUUAGAGUACGAAUUAUCUAACUUAUAUUUAACACGACGUUAUUGCCAAUCAGCACUGCGGUUGGAGAAUCUCGAUAGUUCGUCCAAACUUGAUAUUAUGAAAACCCUUGUAAAAGUGAUUAUUGAUCUUGCCGAUGACAAAAAUGAGCUGUCUGAGUGUGAUACAUAUUUAAAGCAAAUUAGGGCUUUAGACCAAAAGGAGCAUACUGAACUUACUGCAAAGUUAGCAAUUAAAAAAGGCAAAUUAAUUACUUAUGAAGAAAGUGCUCGUAUAUGUGAAGAAUAUGGCAAAGCUGUGGAUCUACACGACGUCGACGGGGCCCGCCUACUGCUUACUGAGUUACAGAGGCUAGACAAACAAAAAUCUGUUUUCUUCAAAUCAUGUGCUAGGAUGGAACUUUUCCUUGAAGAGAAGAAGGACAGUGAAAUGCAACGUCAGUUGGAUAAUGUCAAAACAACAGAAUUUGCUGGAGAACUAGAGAAUCUUAGAAGAAGACAACUGAAUUUAGAAAAAGCACUCAUACGUGACAAAAACCCAAACGACGAGGUUGACAUGGUGAUUCAGAACGCUCGUAAUCUGCUUAAUCACGCGAUGAAGAGACUACAGCACACAUACUGUAAAGAGACAGCAUGUGCCAAAAGAAAGAAAACGAAGCCAACAAAAGCUGAUUUCUUCUAUAUUCCUCCAGAUUACGCUCUUAAAAAGAUACCAACCAGAGAUAAAGUUAAACAUAAACUCAAAGAAGAAUACAAGUGGAAUGAUGUUGAUGAAGGUCUUAUUGACUUUCUAACUAAGAUUCAACCUCGGGAACAACCAGAAAAAUACAACAUGCUUAUUGCUCUCAUUGACUUUAAUAAUUUAAAGAAGCAUGACAAAAAUAAUAAGAAAGCAUUUGGAAAAUAUGAAGUGUAUCAGGAAGAUGGGACAACAGUACGAAAAUCGUUUAAACACGUCGACAUCGCUACGUGGAUUUGUGAUGUAUUACCAUACAUUCUAGACAACUUAAAUGGAUACUCAUCUGAACUACAAUGAAGCUUUCCUCCUUAGAGUGGCGUUAAGGAGUACGGAUCAAAAUCACAGCGAUCAAUGAAAUACACUACGUGGAUACCAAUCUACUAAAUGUAACAGAAGAGAACUCCUUGAAAGAAAGGAAAAUGUAAACUUUAAUCAGAAGUACGUAACAACCAGUCCACAGAAACGGACAAUCUAGAGACACUGUGCAUUAAAGGUAAAUUCCUAGAGAUAUCUGUAUGAGGAAUAAUGCAACAACUCUGUUAUUCAAUGAAUAAUUCAUUAAAAGUGACAGGAAUGGAAUCUGACAAAGCCUUAAGAAUUACAUUUAGAACAAAUACUAUAAUCAUAAGAUUAUAGAUAUUUUCUCAACAAGCCAAAAUACCGUAAGCAAUUAUUGUAUAUACAUUCCAUUGUCUUCUGAAACCAUUAAAAUGUGCCGUGAGCUUAAGUACAAAUAGAAUAAAGGUCACUCCAAAAAUGUAGUACUUAGUUUUUAGAUACAUAGGCCUAUCGAUUUUCAUUUAAUUUCACAUUGUUGCGUAACAAGAGUAGAAUCUGCUGAAACCGUUAGAACGGCUAAUUGGUUCUAAAAAUACAUUACCCCUUUUAAGGGAACAAACACUGUCUCCCCUAAACUUAGUGUCCCCUGAAUAGUAGGGGUAUUCCCUGAUGUUUAUUAUAGAAUGUAGUUAUUAUUUUAGCUUUACGAUAUUUUAGUGAGACUGCUUCUCUUGCAUUUUCGAUGUACUUACUUUUUUUUUUUUUUUUUUAAUUUAAUUACUGUACAAUAGAUGUGAGAAACAUGAUGCAGAUAUGAAGGACUUUGAUACUUUGAUAAAAUAAGCUAAUACUAUGAAAUUUUGUGUAAAAGUAUGCUUUAGAAAUAUUGAAUUUAUAGGGAUGGGAGGAAAAUAGUGUAAUACCUUGAUGCUACUAAACUAAAAAGUAAAAAUGUCAUGAUCAUUUGUAAACAAACAUAAUUGUAAGUAGUUAAAUCAAAUAAAACAUGACCUUAACCAAAUUUAAAAUAAGUCGAUUAUCUCACUUCCUGAGAAAAAUCAAUAAAAAAUACUUUGAUAAAAUAAGCUACAGUAAUACUAUAAAAUUUUGUUUUUUUAUGAUCACAAAGAUGACACUAGAAUAGUGAAUUUUUUAAUUAAAAAAUAUAAAAUCGUACUCUUCCUAUUUCUUUAGUGAAAAUAAGAUUUGUAUAAGUUGAUAAAUAAUUCAUAAAUUCCAUAGAGUAGAUCAGGAUGUAAAUAUUGUUAGUAGGCUUUUAGAUUAUAUAUAUUUUUGUUUUAAUUGUAAAUUGUAAGACUUUUAUUAUAUAAAAUUAAAGUUGGAAAAAGGUUUUGAACAACAAUGGAAGACACUGAGAAAAUGCAUGUGGAUAUUGGAUAAGUACGAUAGCAUUUCUUUUUAAUAGGCAGUGUUUAUUUAGCCGUUAGUAUACCUAUUCGUUAACAAAGUAUUUUCGUGUUAAGUGAGGGCGCAUUCCAGCCCUAACCUUGAGAUAAGAAAAAGAGUUUCAGCCGGCAAAAUAAAUAUUUUGUUUCUGGCAAUACCGGUACCAUAACUUUCAUUUACAGAGUUAAUUAAGCUUAACAUGCCUCCAAUAUGUUAACUAUCAUUAAAGGUAAAAUAGGAUAAAGGUAGGAAUGUUACAAACUUGGAUUAAGUGAAGAAUGCUUGUCUACAUCUCUGGCACAAACCAAUAAAUAUAACAGGCCUAUGUCACCACUUCGUGCAAAAUGAACCUUUGAAAAGUAAUAGUAAGUGUAUCGAGAAGUCUACAUUUAUGUUUAAAAAAAUUAUUUUAGAAAAAAAUUCAAAUCAGUUGUAAAGCCAAUUUUAUAAUUAUUAUUUUUAGAAAAGAAAAUAAAUUAGAUUUUUGCAUGUAAACUGUUAUAUAAUGUGUGAUUGUGAUGAUUUUAAUAUGUACAAUAUUUUACGGAAAACAAUUGUUUGUCAUAAAGUUUCUAUGCAUUUGAAAAUGUAUGAUGGUUUUAUACAAUGUUCUACUUUAUCUCGUUUACUGUCUUUUACUGUCUUAGGGUUAACUAUUUUAAUUGCGUUAAUUCUGUUGUGAAUGUACUACCAUGCCACUGAUACAAAAGUGGGUUU